UUUUGUAGACGACAGUUAUGCUCUCAAUUCUCGCCUAAUACACUUCCCACGCCUCUCUCUUUACGGCCGGAGAUCCGUAACGGUCAUAUAUCCGUCCAAUUUCUCUCUCUGAAAAACAUCAACAGAAUAAAAAGUGCUCAAGCCAUCAUCCGGAAGUUGCUCACCCUCUUAAAGGCAGCUUGAGCCUAGAGUUCUCUCUGUCUCUCUCUCUGUAACUCUUUAUCGGUCUCUCUUUUUUCUCCAGUUUCCGACUUAAAGCUCGUACGGGUUUUGGCUGUGCUGGCAAAUGGAGAUUUAAGGUCUUGCAGGUGGUAACUUCCCAGAAUGAGACUCGAAUUGAUUCUGGAAAUUACAAAAUGGUAGCUGCUGUGUCAACGACAUUAAACCCCAAAGCUACGACUCGAAGUGGGCCUCCUCAAAACCCUACAAGGCCACCCCUCCUACCCUCCGACCCCGACAAUGCCGUCUCUCCCCACCGCCGGUCGAAAUCUCGACAAGUCACCUCUCGCUACAUGUCCUCCUCCUCUUCUUCUAUUUCUACGCCUUCUUCGACUUCCAAUUCCCGACGAUGUCCAUCGCCGUUGGUUUCUCGGACUACUACGAUGACGCCAAUGCCUUCGGUAUCGUCUCUGGCUAAACGUUCACAGUCAGUGGAGAGGAGGAGGACGGCCACUCCUCGGCCCAGUUCUCUGGACUCGAGAGCUGGGAGCGGCAAUGGUGAAGUGUCCGCGGCUCAGAAGCUAUUGUUCACUUCGGCGAGGAGCUUGUCGGUGUCUUUUCAGGGUGAAUCGUUCUCGCUCCAAGUCAGCAAGGCGAAGCCUGCGCCGUCUCCAUCGCCGAGUGUGAGGAAGGGUACUCCGGAGAGGAGGAAGGCGACGACGCCGGCCAGAGCUGUCGAUAAGACUGAAAACUCGAGGCUGGGGACGGAUCAGCAGCGAUGGCCUGCGCGAUUAAGGCAAGCGAAUUGUAUGAGUAGGAGCUUGGAUUGCACAGACGAAAGGAAAAAGGUUGGUGGACCCGGCAGUGUCGUGAGGGCGUUACAAAGUUCAAUGGCGGAUGUUAGGGUCUCUUCGUUUGACGGGAGAUUGGGUUCAGAAUCGGAGAAGACGGUCGAGUUUGCUGUUGUGGGCGAUUCGGGUAUUGGAUCGGCGGAGGCACGGUGGUCUGAUCCAGUUGUUGCUUCUGAUACUGAAAGCGUGUCUUCUGGUAGUACUUCUGGAGCACAAGACAAUGGUGGUGGUGAUGGCGGACAAGGGCCGCGUGUACCUCGUGGUAUAAUGGUCCCGGCGAGAUUUCUGCAAGACGCUCAUAACCGGUUGCGGCGGCAACCCGAGCCCUGCUCACCAUCUGCUAAGAAUGUUGGGACAAAAACUAUGGCCCCUCCUAAACUUAUUGCACCAAAGAAGCUAUCGAUUGAUUGUCCAGUAUUGUCCCCCCGCGGAGUUGUGAAUAGCCGGGGACAGUUGUCUCCUGUUCGAGGUGCCGUUCGGCCUGCGUCACCGAGUAAGCUUGGGACAUCAGCGAUAUCAUCCCCAUUGAGAGGAUCAAGCCCGUGUCGAAUAAGAAAUGCCAUGGCUGGUACGCCGAAUAGCUAUUUGAGCAACACGCCAUCGAUUUUGAGUUUUGCCGCUGAUAUUAGGAGCGGGAAGAUUGGGGACAACCGGAUAGUUGAUGCGCAUCUGUUGAGGCUCUUGCAUAACCGGUUCCUGCAAUGGCGUUUCGUGAAUGCUAGGGCAGGUGCUGCCCUCUCUGUGCAGAGGUUGAACGCAGAGAGAAGCCUUUAUAAUGCAUGGAUAACUACUUCAAAACUACGUGAAUCAGUUAGAGCCAAGAGAACUGAGUUACAACUGUUGAAGAAAAAUUUGAAGCUAACUUCCAUCCUAAAAGGGCAUAUGACAUAUUUGGAAGAGUGGGCUCUUAUGGACUGGGAUUACUCCAGUUCUUUGUCUGGAGCUACUGAAGCUUUGAAGGCUAGCACUCUCCGCCUUCCAGUUGUUGGUGGGGCAAAAGCUGAUGUCCAAAAUGUGAAGGAUGCUAUUUGUUCAGCUGUUGAUGUUAUGCAGGCAAUGGCAUCCUCCAUCUGUUUACUGCUAUCAAAGGUUGGGGAUGUGAACUCUUUGGUCGCUGAACUUGCAAAGAUAAGUGUAAAAGAGCGUGCUUUACUUCAUCAGGGCAAUGAUCUCCUGUCAACAAUUGCAGCCAUGCAGGUGACUGAGUGUAGCCUGAGAACACAUGCUGUACAACAACUAAAGCGCCAACCUUCAAAUCUGACACAAUGAAAGUGUAAAGCUCCAUAUCAGUUGACUGCCUUACCCCGAAUAGCUAACAUCACAUUACACCAUUUUUCAUUGGAUCUUCGAAACCAAAGGUAAUAAUAGAGUUAUGUUUGGUUGUGUCAUAAGAAGAGUGCUCAUUUUGGUCUUCAAUUGGGAUGGGUAAAACUUAGCUGUAUCCCUGUCAAUAGAUAUAUGGCAGGAAAUUAAAGUUCUUAGAUUGUAUACAAAGUAUUAUUUUCUUAUAGGCCUGAGGAAUGUGUAUGUAAAUAUGUGUAACGAUUGGUUUAAGUUUUCUUCAAUUCAAUAGUUUUUGGCUAAA